AUGGCUGCGAUCAAGGAAACCGUCUCCAACCUCAUUGGCAAGAUCACCGGCUCGGCCGAGGAAGCUCCCCGUGAGCCCUCCGCCGAGGAAUUCCAGGCUCUGAAGAAGAAAUACACCGACGCCAACCAAGGACAAGUCUUUGCUUUCGUCGACGAACUCCAGACCGCCGACAAGUCCCGACUAUUCCACCAGCUCUCCACCUUCGACGUAACCCGCAUCAACGAGCUGGCCGACAAGGCCCUCAACCCCCCCAAGACCGACGAUGCCCCCGCCACCCUCGAGCCCCUGCCAUCCUCGGCGACCGCCUCCAUCAUCGACUCCGACCCCACUGACCUCAAGUCCUGGUACGAUGCCGGCUUGAAGCAGGUUGCCGAGAACAAUGUGGCCGUGGUGCUGAUGGCCGGUGGCCAGGGUACUCGUCUGGGUAGCUCUGCUCCCAAGGGUUGCUUCGAUAUCGGCCUGUUGAGCCAGAAGUCGCUCUUCCAGCUCCAGGCUGAGCGCAUUGCUAAGCUGCAGGAUCUGGCUAACAAGGCUCACGGUGUGCAGUCUGCUACCAUCCCCUGGUAUGUGAUGACUAGCGGACCGACUCGUAAGCCUACCGAGGAGUUCUUUGCGGAGCACAAGUACUUUGGUCUGAGCAAGGAGAAUGUUUUCAUCUUUGAGCAGGGUGUUUUGCCUUGUAUCUCGAAUGAUGGCAAGAUUAUUAUGGAGAGCAAGAGCAAGGUUGCCGUGGCUCCCGAUGGAAACGGUGGCAUCUACCAGGCCAUCGUCACCUCCGGCGUGCGUGAGGACAUGCGCAAGCGCGGCAUCAAGCACAUCCACGCCUACUGCGUUGACAACUGCCUCGUCAAGGUCGCCGACCCCGUCUUCAUCGGUUUCUCCGCCUCCAAGAACGUCGACAUCGCCACCAAGGUCGUGCGUAAGCGUGACGCCGCCGAGUCCGUCGGUCUGAUUGUCCAAAAGAACGGCAAGCCCGACGUUGUCGAGUACUCCGAGAUUGACCAGGCCACCGCCGAGGCCCAGGAUCCCCAAGAUUCCAAGCUGCUCAAGUUCCGCGCUGCCAACAUUGUCAACCACUACUACUCAUUCAACUUCUUCGAGUCGAUCGAGACCUGGAUGCACAAGCUGCCGCACCACGUUGCGCGCAAGAAGAUCCCCUACGUCAACCCCGAGAACGGCGAGGCCGUCAAGCCUACCAGUCCCAACGGUGUUAAGCUGGAGCAGUUCGUCUUCGAUGUCUUCCCUAUGACACCGUUGGAGAAGUUUGCCUCCAUCGAGGUGCGCCGUGAGGACGAGUUCUCGCCUCUGAAGAAUGCUGCCGGCACUGGCCAGGAUGAUCCCGAUACCAGCCGUGCCGAUAUCAUGAAGCAGGGCCAGCGCUGGAUCGAAGCCGCAGGCGGCAUUGUGAUCACCGAGGAGGAUAAGUUUGGCGUUGAGGUUUCUCCUCUGAUCAGCUACGGCGGCGAGAACCUGGAGUUCCUCAAGGGCCGUGAGAUCAAGGCCCCUGCUCUCCUGGAGAAGGAGGAGUAA